UCAUUCAGUUCUAUUGCAGACGUACUCGCGGCGAGACAAUGGGUGUGAAAGAUUUGUGGAAUAUUUUGAGCCCGGCGAUGGAGCAGACCACAGUGAAUUCGUUGCGUGGCAAGUGCAUCGCGGUCGACCUGAGUGUGUGGGUCUGCGAAUCCUCCACGAGUUCAUGGGCUCAAACGCAAUUCGUGAAGAACGCUCACUUGAGGACUCUUUUUUUCCGCGCCGUUUUCCUCGCCGGCCGCGACGUGAACCUGGUGUUCGUCACGGAUGGCGUGGCACCUGAUCUCAAGGCUGACGUCAUGGCUGAGCGGAACUCUCGACGAGGUCUGGCCACUCAGGCGAGCGAUGCGCCGAGGACUCGAAAGCACUUCGCUGGCGUCAUCAAGAAGUGCGUGCGAAUGUUGGAGAUGAUGGGGUUUUGCUGCGUGGCCAGUGACGGUGAAGCGGAAUGCACGUGCGCGCAUUUGGAUUCCGAAGGAAUUGUCGACGGCUGUUUUACUCAAGACAGCGACGCAUUUUUGUAUGGUGCAAGAACUGUGUACAGGAAUUUCCGGAUGGUAAAGCAGCGUGGUGGAGGUGGUGCGAUUUUCGAGAUGUACACGGCGAACAGGAUCGAGGAGUUGCUUAAAUUGAAUCGAGAAAGCUUAAUCGCUGCGGCUUUGUUGCUGGGCUGUGAUUACGAUUCCAAAGGCGUGCAAGGUGUUGGGAAGGAGAAAGUGCUCAAGUUGCUCACGGAGAUUUGGAUUGAUGAAAAUCCAUUGGAGAAGCUUCGGCGAUGGCGGACAGAAUCAGAGGAAUUUAGGCUGCGAAGUAUUUCCCAGGCAAACAAGUCGUCGUCGCCUAAAUGUUCUCAUUGCGGUCACGCGGGACGAUCGAACAUUCACAAGAAGAAUGGAUGCGUGACCUGUGGCACACGUUCUGGUUGUCAUUCGGAGACGUCACAAGAGGUGUCCUUGAAUGAUGGGAAAUCAACGAUCGAAGUUGGUGUGAGGGAGAAAGCUGUCACAGACCCAGAAUUCCCCAACGAACGAGUCAUCGCUGAAUUUAUGGAGAAGAAACCGUUUGCGAAGGACCGGAUCAAAAAGAGUCUUUGUGCACUUCCGCCACCUGAUCUUCCGAAACUUAUCCCGUUCCUUGUGAAGGAACUUGACUGGAGUGUCGAUUAUUGUCUGGAGAAAAGUUUUCCGUUGCUGACAUCGUGGAUAGUAAAAAAUGGACUUCCGGAAAAUUCGAAUGAUGAUUUCCCGACCCCGGAAAAGAUUGUCAAAAAAUGCGUGCGAGAAGGAAUGAACUGCUACGAAGUCCUCUGGAAACCAACGAAAUAUUUGCGGGAUAUUGCCAAAGAAUGUGAAGAAUCAUUCAAUUGGCUUAGUGACGAGUCGCAGCUGUUCUUCAGUAAAAGUUUCGAAGCUCUCGAAACUGAAUUUCUGAAAUCUAUUGCGAAGCCUGUGAAAGUGAAAAAACCGAAGGAAGUCAAGGUCAAGGCUCCCAAAAAAGCAGCCAUGAAAAAGGUCAAGGAAACCGUUGCUAGUCACGACUUGAGAGAAAUGUUCACUCAAAUGUGCUUGAAAGACACGUGUGAAAAUCAUGACGAGAAUCAUUCCAAAGACAAACCAGGAAGUUCGACGGAUUCUGCCAUGAGUCAACCUGCCGAAAAAGUUCCUCCUGCAGAAGACGAGAAAGCCGACGAGGAACGCGUAUCUAACAGUUCCUCCGUGGAAGAAAAUGGCUCUGAUUGGUCGUCUGACGAAGACGACGUUUCUGAAUCGGAGCUGUCGAAAGUGAUCGACUCGCUGAUUUCGGGUGUGCCCGCCAAAACCCCGGUUGUGAAUCGUGGACGCAAAGUUGACAAAGAAAAUUUCCACGUUUGGGAUCUGAAGGACCUUGCAAUAGAUCAGUCUGCGUCAACUCCUUCAACAUUCUGCAAUUUGGACAAAACUCGUCCUUCGAUGGCGUCUAUGCAAGUGCCAGCGUCGACUCUCAAACAAAAUAUUCCGAAUUGAAUCGUUCAGAAAUUUUUUCUCUGUUUUUUGAUAAUGCGAAUUGUCUGAUUUGCACACCUGAAGAAAUGGGCACUAAAAUAUUCUGAUUGAAUCGAUCGGAAGAAUGCAUUUUUUCGAUAAAUACCGAAAAAAAUGAAGAAAAUACUGUACCCAAUUCGAAGAACUCGCACACAAGCCAGUUUUUGCAGAUCGAUUUAGAACCAGAAUGAAAAGCUCAGCCGCUCUUGAAGUUAUUUCCUUUUCCUAUGCGUCUUAAUAAUGUGACUUUUUAUGAUUCUCUGGGAAAUUUGGAUACCUUAGAUUUACAGUAGUUACAGUAAAAUCUUUUUUCACUGAUGCUGUUACGACAAUUUUUUUCGGAAUAAAAAAUUUUUCUCUAUUCCGGACUGAAGCCCAUAGAUUAAAUUUUAAAGAAAUCUCGUUGUAGCAAGCUUCCCUAUUCCAGUAUGACGGACCUUUUCUGAAGGAAUGCGUCAUAGAUUCUGCAGGUAGAAAUUUCCUUACUAAUGCAGGCAUAGUCUGAAAUGUCUGAUUCCAAAUUUGACUGACGGAUUCUUCUCGCUAAGGAUGGAAUCUGUAAUCAAUGAAAAAAAUGCCUCGAAGAGGUUUCACAUAUCAUCCUCCCAGAUUAAAGAGAUUUUCACAGUACCCUCACAAAAGGAAGAGAUUGGUGUAAGUGAUGGAAUCGUGUUUGAAGCUAAUUUUGUUUUCAAAACAUCUGUUUUUUUAAUUCAUUAUCAAAACCUGAGGAUGCCAGGAAAGCAAGAUCUGAUCGGUCAGAUUUAAAAAUGUUUUCCAGACGUUGAUCUUAAAAAUGUUGCAAAUUAUCCAGUAUAAAACAAUUUUUGUAGUACCAACAAGUUUAUUCGAACGAGAUUUUUACUGUAUUUCCAUCAGACCCGUGAUUCAGCGUCCUGAUAUUCUAACGCACGAUGGAAGAAUUUUUCUUUUUCGCGCGUGGCAACCCUGGUAUGAAUCUAUGUGCAGUAUAUCUUUUUGAGGUUUUUUUCAUUUUUGCGAGUUUUUGAAUUUCGGCGUUCGAUGAAACCCCGAAAUGAUUUCCGAUUGAAACUCCCAUCGGGGAGUAAUUGGAAUAUGUAUGAUGUGUUCUCUUUUCGAAUCGAUCGCUUGCCGCGUGACUUAUUCA